AGUAGUCCUCGGUUUGUUUCUAUAUCUCGCAAUUUGCGUCACUCUGUAGCUCCACUCCUCACUCCUCUCCUUUCUCUCUCUAACGCCUUCGUCCUUUUAUUUUUUGUUAUUCAAGAACAGAGAGCAGUCGCUUUUCUCGGGAGUUUUUUUGAGAUCUGUCAAUGGAUCCAUCUGAACAUGAUGGAAAUGGGGCCUCAGAGGCUCUCCCUCCUCCACCUCCGGUUCCUCCAAAUGUAACUCCUAUAAAAGCUGUUACCGAACCAGAAGUAAAGAAAGUUUACCGGGCCCCAAUGGCUAGACGUGGUUUUGGAACUAGAGGAAAUAAAGUUCCUAUCCUGACAAACCACUUCAAAGUGAAUGUGAACAAUGUUGAUGGGCACUUCUUUCACUAUAGUGUUGCCCUUUUUUAUGAAGAUGGCCGCCCAGUUGAUGGAAAAGGUGUUGGUAGGAAAGUACUUGACCGAGUUCAUGACACUUAUGAUUCUGAGUUGGCUGGCAAGGAUUUUGCUUAUGAUGGGGAAAAGAGUUUGUUUACCGUUGGUGCACUUCCCCGAAAUAAACUUGAGUUUACUGUUGUGCUUGAAGAUGUUACUUCAAGUCGGAACAAUGGAAAUAGCAGUCCUGGGGGACAAGGAAGUCCCAAUGAAAGUGAUAAGAAAAGGAUGAGACGUCCGUAUCAAUCCAAAACCUUCAAAGUGGAGAUAAGUUUUGCUGCUAAAAUUCCUAUGCAAGCCAUAGCAAAUGCUUUGCGUGGCCAGGAAUCUGAAAACUCUAUGGAGGCCUUCCGGGUUUUGGAUAUCAUCUUAAGGCAACAUGCUGCUAAGCAGGGUUGUCUGCUUGUUCGUCAAUCAUUCUUCCAUAAUGAUCCAAAGAACUUUGCCGAUGUUGGAGGCGGGGUUCUUGGCUGCCGAGGCUUUCAUUCAAGCUUCAGAACUACGCAAAGUGGCUUGUCGUUGAAUAUUGAUGUAUCUACGACCAUGAUCAUCCAGCCAGGACCUGUUGCCGACUUUCUGUGUGCCAAUCAAAAUGCGAGAGACCCGUUCUCACUUGAUUGGGCAAAGGCCAAACGCACUCUCAAGAAUUUGAGGAUCACAACUAGUCCUACAAACCAAGAGUUCAAAAUAACCGGGUUAAGUGAAAAGUCUUGCCGUGAGCAAUUGUUCACAUUAAAGCAAAAAAGUAAGGAUGGUGAUUCUGAACCAGUAGAAGUGACUGUAUAUGAUUACUUUGUCAAGCACCGUAACAUUGACCUGCGAUAUUCUGCUGAUCUGCCAUGCAUUAAUGUUGGGAAGCCUAAACGACCAACAUAUUUCCCUGUUGAGCUAUGUUCUCUGGUCUCAUUGCAACGUUAUACAAAAGCUCUGUCAACUUUCCAACGCUCAUCAUUGGUUGAGAAAUCACGGCAAAAGCCACAGGAGAGGAUGUCUGUACUGAGUAAUGCUUUAAAAAUCAACAACUAUGAUGCUGAACCUAUGCUUCGUUCCUGUGGUGUUACCAUCAAUAGCAAUUUUACUCAGGUUGAAGGCCGUGUUCUUCCUCCUCCUAAGCUGAAAGUUGCGGGUGGAGAUGAUUUGUUUACUCGGAAUGGGAGAUGGAACUUCAAUAAUAAGAAAUUUGUUAAUGCUUGCAAGAUUGAGCGCUGGGCUGUAGUAAACUUUUCUGCUCGCUGUGAUGUACGUGGCCUGAUCAGAGAUUUGAUGAAAGUUGGUGAAUCAAAAGGAAUCGCUGUGGAAGAACCAUUUGAUGUUUUCGAAGAAAGUCAGCAGUUUAGACGAGCCCCACCCUUGGUUAGAGUGGAUAAGAUGUUUGAAGAGGUGCAGACAAAGCUUCCUGGCCCACCGAAAUUUCUACUAUGUUUGCUUCCAGAAAGAAAGAACUGCGACUUAUAUGGUCCAUGGAAGCGUAAAAACCUGUCUGAUUUUGGAGUUGUUACUCAAUGCUUGGCACCCAUGAGGGUCAAUGAUCAGUAUCUUACCAAUCUUCUGUUGAAGAUUAAUGCCAAGCUUGGUGGGUUGAACUCUAUGUUAGCUGGUGAGAUAUCUCCUUCAAUACCAGUGGUAUCAAAGUCUCCCACCCUGAUUCUUGGCAUGGAUGUCUCUCAUGGCUCACCUGGACAAUCUGAUAUACCAUCAAUUGCUGCUGUUGUCAGCUCAAGGCAGUGGCCUUCAAUUUCUCGCUAUAGAGCCUGUGUGCGUACCCAAUCUCCGAAGCUUGAGAUGAUUGAUUCGCUAUACAAACGUGUGUCUGACACUGAAGAUGAUGGAAUAAUGAGGGAGCUUCUGGUUGAUUUCUACACUAGUUCUGGGAAAAGGAAGCCCGAUCAGAUAAUCAUCUUCAGAGAUGGCGUGAGUGAAUCCCAAUUUAAUCAAGUUCUGAAUAUUGAGCUCAACCAAAUCAUAGAGGCCUGCAAAUUCCUUGAUGAGAACUGGAAUCCAAAGUUUGUGGUCAUUGUUGCGCAGAAGAACCAUCACACAAAAUUUUUUCUGCCAAAUGCUCCUGAGAAUGUGCAGCCAGGGACUAUAAUAGACAAUAAAGUUUGUCAUCCGAGGAACUAUGACUUCUACUUGUGUGCACACGCUGGAAUGAUUGGCACGACUCGGCCGACACAUUACCAUGUCUUAUUGGAUGAGGUGGGCUUUUCACCAGAUGACUUGCAAGAACUCGUCCAUUCCCUGUCCUAUGUGUAUCAGCGCAGUACUACGGCUAUAUCUGUUGUUGCCCCGAUCUGCUAUGCACACUUGGCAGCCACCCAGUUGGGCCAGUGGAUGAAAUUUGAAGAUGUGUCAGAGACGUCAUCCAGCCACAACGGGACUGGGCCAGCUGCUGCUCCACCAGUUCCCCCAAUGCCCAAGUUGCAGGAGAGUGUCCGCAACUCGAUGUUCUUCUGCUAGGAUGCCUACUUUAUGUGGACUACUAGGUUGUAUGUAGCUUUUCUCAUGACUUGGAAACGACUUUGAGUGCUGAACUCGUAGCUUUUAGGAUGUUUCGUUCCGUUGCGAUGUUUUUUGGUUUUCUUUGUGGUGAUCGCAUGGGAACGCCCGUUUGUUUUAAUUUGGCCUCGUAAGGUAUCGGUAUCUGGCUAUGGUCCUAAGUUAUGCAUUAGGGUUUUAUGUGACUCCUAAAGAUCCUGUUUAAAAUGCUAAUCCGCUGGCUUAUAUUAGUUUUAUUAUUAA